AUGUCCGGGUCGAGCACUGGUGAGGGCCUUGGAAAUGCUAUCAAGAAGGGCGUCGGGAGAAUCCACGGUACCGGAGAAGCUAUCCGCGGAAAUUUCAAUGCGGCAGUAGACUCAGCUACCGGCGACCGUGAGUCUGCACAGCGCCAACAGAACAUCGCUUCCCGCGGCGUGGAAGAGUUCGAGACAGGCCACUAUCAUGGAACCGGAGCUGGCGUUACGCCUGUAGACACCGAUCGGGAGCGUAUCAACCGGGCGGCACAAGGCGAGUCCGCAACUGUCGGUUCGACGAAUAACGGCCCGCACGGCACGAACGUUGGCAACAAGCUUGACCCGCGCUUUGAUUCAGACCUCGAUAAUCGCGGCAUGACCACCGGCAGCACAAACGUAGGACCUCACUCGGCACAUGUUGGAAACGGGGCUGAUCCCCGUAUUGAAGAUGGUGGGAUUGGAUUGAGGAAAUAG